CGAUGUUCUUGCUGCAUCGAGAGGAGAACGAGCGCGAAUCCAACAAAUGGAACCGGAUAAAAGGGGCGCGUGCCACCGCUGCUCAGUUCUAGGAGGACCGGAGGAGGACCGGAGCAACGGGAGUGGAGUCAGAGAGCGGACAGCCCGCAGCCGUGGUACUGGUGAAGCUGCCUAGAGCAGGAAGGAGCAGCCUUACAGAGGCGAUUGGACUAAUAAAGUCUCCUUGAGCAUCCGUCAUGCUGAAGAGGAGCUGGAGUGCUCAGGGGGGUACACCAAGUGACGAGAAUCCGGAUCCUCUUGUGGGACAGUUUUCCUCAGGCUGCACCCUCGGGGUGGAGGCGUGCAAAGUUCACCGGCGGUUCUCUGGCAACCUGCAGCUGCCUCCGUUGUCAUGGCGACAAGCAGAGACGGAGAGAGACCGGGGUAGGCCUCUGACGCCGGAGGAGGACCCCGUGACUCGGUCCCGACCAACGAGCCUGCCCAUUGUGUCCCUGCCUCGCAUCGACAUCACACAGGCGGACUCAGACAGCUUGGAGGUUGAGAAUGCCCCCCCUCUGUGCUGCAGCCCCUCAGACCUGCAGGCGUCCCCCGGGUCGGGUCUGGUCCUGCAUCCCAACAUGGCCAACCACAGCCAGCGCAGAGAGUCCUUCCUCUACCGCUCUGACAGCGACUACGAGCUGUCACCCAAGUCUCUAUCUCGAAACUCCUCCAUCGUUGGAGAGCUACACAGCGAGGACCUGAUUGUGACUCCGUUUGCUCAGGUUCUGGCGAGCCUUCGGACUGUCAGGAACAACUUCACCACUCUGACCAAUGUUCAGUGUGCAUCCACUAAAAGGUCUCCUGCUGCUAAUCAACCCUGCGUCACCAAAGUGUGCCUGUCAGAUGAGUCCUACCAGAAGCUGGCUAUGGAGACAAUGGAAGAGCUGGACUGGUGUCUGGACCAGCUGGAGACCAUUCAGACCUACCGCUCUGUCAGCGAGAUGGCUUCAAACAAGUUCAAAAGGAUUCUGAACCGGGAGCUGAGCCACCUGUCUGAAAUGAGUCGCUCAGGCAACCAAGUGUCAGAGUACAUCUCCAACACCUUCCUAGACAAGCAGAACGAGCUGGAGCUCCCCUGUCCAGUUCAGAAGUCCAGAGAAAGGAAGAGGAGGCAGGGCCCCCAGCAGCAGCAGCAGGUUGGGAUGAUGACUCAGAUCAGCGGGGUUAAAAAGGUCAACCACAACUCUGGGAGCAGUGGGAAUCGCUUCGGAGUCAAGACCGACCAGGAGGAGCAGCUCUCAAAGGACCUAGAGGACAUCAAUAAAUGGGGACUGAAUAUCUUCCAAGUGGCGGAGCAUUCCCACAACCGACCGCUCACCUGCACCAUGUACUCCAUUUUUCAGGAGCGAGACCUCAUGAGGACGUUCAAGAUUCCAGCGGACACCUUUGUGACGUUCAUGCUGACCCUGGAGGACCACUACCACUCUGACGUGGCCUAUCACAACAGCCUGCACGCCGCCGACGUGGCCCAGUCCACACACAUCCUGCUGUCCACGCCUGCACUAGAUGCGGUCUUCACUGAUCUGGAGAUCUUGGCAGCCAUUUUUGCCGCAGCCAUUCACGACGUGGACCACCCAGGAGUGUCCAACCAGUUCCUCAUCAAUACCAACUCUGAGCUGGCUCUGAUGUACAAUGAUGAGUCAGUGCUGGAGAACCACCACCUGGCUGUGGGCUUCAAGCUGCUGCAGGAGGAAAACUGCGACAUCUUCCAAAACCUAAACAAGAAGCAGAAACAGACCCUGCGAAGGAUGGUUAUAGACAUGGUUCUUGCAACUGACAUGUCAAAGCACAUGAACCUCCUGGCUAAUUUAAAAACCAUGGUGGAAACCAAGAAGGUGACGAGCUCUGGUGUUCUGCUGCUGGACAGCUACACCGACAGGAUGCAGGUUCUGUGUAACAUGGUUCACUGUGCAGACCUGAGUAACCCCACCAAGCCUCUGGACCUGUACCGGCAGUGGACCGACAGGAUCAUGGACGAGUUCUUCCACCAGGGAGACAGAGAGCGGGAGAAGGGGAUGGAGAUCAGUCCCAUGUGUGACAAACACACCGCUUCAGUAGAGAGAACUCAGGUGAGCUUCAUAGAUUACAUCGUCCAUCCUCUGUGGGAGACGUGGGCUGACCUGGUCCAUCCUGAUGCGCAGGACAUCCUGGAUACUCUCGAAUUCAACAGGAACUGGUACCAAAGCAUGAUCCCUCAGAGCCCCUCCCCUCCCUUCUACACCAGUGAUGGAGAGGGUGGUGCCAACGGCGAUGGCGAGGGGGGGCCUGUAACCAGUAAAUUCAACUUUGACAUGACGUUGAGCGACCAGGAGGAUCAAGGGGGACUCAGACACAGUGGCGUGAUGGACGUGGCUGUCGGAUGUGAUCUGAAGAUCAGAGACCAUCCGUCUGGUGGGGACAGGGUGGCCAUGACGACAUGUGAUGCGUCCGCUGCAGAAACAUAGUUGAACUGGUGGAAGAGGAGCAGUUUAGCUGAAUUUGUUUAAUUGCAGUGGAGCCAUCCUGCAAUGGGCUGCUUGAAGCUGCCUGGUGAAGGCCUGUCUGGAUGUGGGGGGACGGCUUGGGAAGCAGGUUGUUUGUUUCUGAGCCCGGCUGGAAGACGCUGCAGGAGUCGUCUUUAAACGAGGGCCCGCGGAGGCGCGGCCGUGUCCGAGUCUGAUGGUGUGACUCUACAAACUGGAAACGUGCACUCGAGAACAUUUUGUCUUCGUGUAGAAACAUCUGCAUCAUCUCCAGACUGGAUAAGGCAACCCAGACCUACUGGUUUAGUGGUUCUUGUUUUCUUGGUUUUUACACUUGUUCAAAACCGAAAGAGACUAAAAGAUGUGUGCCUUUUAUUUGAUUUUUGUACAACCAUGUCUUUUGUAAGUAUUUUUAUAAUUUAUUUAACACAUUCAUGUAGCUGUCAAACACAUAGAGAGUCUCGCAGUCUUCCUGACCUUCUGGCAAUAGCAUCAGCACCCUGACUGAGGCGUUCAGUGGAUGUUUGGUAAAAAUCGGACGACUUCCCAGCACAAUUUGCACUUUGAGGCACACUGUAAAGAGGAGCAUGGGGGGGGGGAGACAUUUAAACCAAAUAAGCUUUUAUUAAACCAAUAAUUCAUCCUGCAGAAAGUUAUAUAACUUUGUGAUGACAUUUAUGUCCAAAAACCUCCUCAGACUCUGUAAGAAGACUGCGUUUCGACGACUUUACCGGAAGUGCGAUCACACUGAUGGUGUUAAAACUCCUAGUUCAGCCUGAUCCAUCAGAGCUGAUCCAGACACCGAUUACUGCCGUCUGACUUCACGUAACGAUAAAGUUUGAGAUCCUUUCGCUUUGUCCGUUGAGCUCUCCCGUAAAGCCUCUUUGUGAUUCCCCCUCCUUCAUCACACCUGUUGUGGUUAAGCAGCAUGCCAUUCUUCUGAACAGGCUCUCAGUCGUGACUCAGCCUGAGCUGUGGACGACCGGGGCUGAGUGGAACAAAGAAACGCGUUCGUGGUGGAACAUCUGUAGUUUUUAAUCGCAGCACCUUGAAUAUCUCCACAGACCUGCAGCUGGUUGCAGAUCUGCUCAACCCUUCCUGAUAGGUACCCCGAGGUGUGUGUGUGUGUGUGUGUGUGCGUGCGUGCGUGUGUGUGUGUGUGUGUGUGGUCACAGAACCACACAAUCCCAUUGCACCAAGCUGUGUUGUGGCGACACUACCAGUGUAUUUAUUACCUUGUAUAGAAUCCUGAUUGCUAAUAUUCUCUGUAUAUUGGUUAUUUAUGAGCACUGCCACACUCGUCUGGUGGUUGUAUUUACUAAAGGUAUUUUGCUAUGAGAUGUUGGGUUGUUAGCUUUGGCGUUGCCGUCGGAGACGUUUGUACACCUGACCUACGAGGUGCCGCGGCGGGUUUUCUAGAAGCUGGAGGUGGCGGCUGCAGCCUGUCGUGUACGGUGACAGGUAAUUGUACAGCUGUAGGGGUAUUUGCUGAAAUAUUUAGCAUUGUUUCAAAUGUAUCUUUUUCAGUGUUUUCCUCACAGUACAUUGUUACAAUCGUGUAUGUUGUGUUCAACAAAUGUUUUCUAUCUGGUUAUUAAAAUGGGCAUGUGUAAGAGAA